AUGGCCCCGCAGCUGCGGAGAGUGGCGGUGGGCGGUGGAGCCGCGAUGAGCUCCACCGAGGACCCUGCAGUAAGCCGCUUCCGAGGGCGAUCAUGGGUCGAGCCCUCCGAGGAGGACGCGGCAGAGCCAGGCCGCGCUGGUUCCACGUUCGGAAGACCUGCACGAAGGGCCCCGAUUGCGAGUUCUGCCACCUGGAGCACAAACGUACUGGCAAGCGGGGGCGGCAACGAGUCCAACGGACGUCCGCAGGCGGAGGAGAGCCGGGAUAUCGAGAUGGAGAAGCGGCAGGCCCUGCAGAGGGAGGUGCAGCAUCUCCAGGCUCUCGUGAAGGCGGAGUGCGACGCGAAGUUGCGGGCGCGGUUGGUUCCGCGGUGA